AUGUUCAGGGGACCAUUAUACGUUUUAGCGUUUGCUAUAUACUGCUACCUGGUGUUCCACUACCUCUCCCUGUCAGACAAUGGUGGUGGUGGUGAUGAUGAUUCUCGGAUACCCGUAGCCAAAGGGAGUCCCAAGUUAAGUAGCAACGCGUACUUUGAUCCAGAGCCCUUGGCAAAGGAUCGUACUCAGAUAGGGAAAGAGAAUGCUACUUUAGUGAUGCUUGUAAGGAAUUUUGAAUUAAAGGGAGCUCUACUGAGUAUGAGACUGUUGGAAGAUCGCUUCAACAGGCACUACAAGUAUCCAUGGGUAUUUUUAAAUGAAGUUCCCUUUGAUGAUGAAUUCAUAGAGAAAACAACUCUAAUGGCUAGCGGAGAAACAUUCUAUGAGUUAAUCCCUCCAGAAGAUUGGUUUCCUCCUAAACAUAUAAACAUCCCAAAGUUUAAACUCAACCUUGAAGAACUAUAUAACGAAGGAGUGGUUUAUGGGGGAGUAGAGUCUUAUCAUAACAUGUGCCACUUCAAUUCCGGUUACUUUUACCGUCAGAAACGACUACUAAACUACGAAUGGUAUUUCAGAGUUGAACCAGAUGUUCAAUACUUGUGUGAUUUUCAAUAUGACCCUUUCCAGUUAUUACGUGAAAAUAACAAGCUCUAUGGGUUUAUCAUAGCCAUUCAUGAAUAUGAAAGGACAGUGAUAAGCCUAUGGGAUGCAGUCCAAGGAUUUAUGGAAGCCAACCCUAAGCUAAUCCACCCUCAUAAUGCUAUCAAUUUUAUCACCACUUAUGAAAGUGACUUAAACAAAGGUCAUACAGUGGAGAACUUGAAUUCGAGCUACAAUCUUUGCCAUUUCUGGUCAAAUUUUGAAAUUGGGAAUCUUGAAUUCUUUAGAGGUGAAGCUUAUGGUAAAUACUUUGACUACUUGGAUCGUUACGGUGGAUUCUACUAUGAAAGAUGGGGCGAUGCUCCAGUACACACCAUCGGAGUAAGUCUUCUUAUGGAUAGAGAUCAAAUACAUCAUUUUGAGGAUAUUGGUUACUACCAUUUACCCUUCAUGACUUGUCCUAAAUCUCAGGAUGUUUUGACUUCCAAAAGGUGUAUUUGCUCAGCAAAUGGCCCAGAUAACGUCCAGAUAAAUGUUGGAAUGGAGAUGGAAAAGUUUAGUUGUUUGGCAAGAUGGUGGAGAUACGGUUCAGGGAAACUGUUUAUGAAUGAUGUCGAUUAUACCAGUUUCACCUAA